CAGGCACCAAGAACAUGCCAAUUUUUUAGUAUGAAUCUAAGUUAUGAAAGUUAUUUAAGGUAUCUGUAUAUUUUUCUGCUUGGCUGGAAGUGAAAAUAUGCGGAAUAGGAACAAUCUCUAUAUUAAGGACAGCCAUGAAGUCAAGAAUUCAAAGAUGGCAAGUUCUUAUUAAUAAUCAGUAACUCUCUGAAUUGCAAACAAAACUCAUUAAAAUUUGGACAUGUUCUUAUGAAAUUUUCAGUAGAAAAUCUCUCUCUCUCUCUCUCUCUCUAAAGUAUAAAGUAAUGACAGCAACUCUCCCCUCUCUCGAGUCUCGACAGGGACCAAGUCCCGGCCUGUCUAUUUAUAGCCAUACAUUCAACGCCGUGUGACAAAUAUUUUCCAUCCCCUCGAAGAAAAUCAAUUCCUCAGACCUUUUCUGCUCCUCUGUUGGCCUCCUCCUCCUCUUCUUCUUCAUUCUGAACGUUUCCCCCUUCUGUCGCUCUCUCUGUGCGUAAUAAGGGGAGCAGACGGAGAAGAGAGUCAGAGAGGCCAAGGACGAUGGCCAACCUGACCUGCUCGGCCGACUUCCUGGGUCCCCUGCUGGGGGCCUCUGCGAAUGCCACCACAGCUGCGGAGUUCAUCUGCGGCCGUUUCCAGAACGCCGCCGAUCAGUUCACGGCGACCACCUACGCCGUGAACAACACCUACCUCCUCUUCUCCGCCUACCUCGUCUUCUCCAUGCAGCUCGGAUUCGCCAUGCUCUGCGCCGGGUCCGUUCGAGCCAAGAACACCAUGAAUAUCAUGCUUACAAACGUUCUGGAUGCGGCGGCCGGUGGUCUCUUUUACUAUCUCUUCGGCUUCGCCUUCGCCUUCGGUUCACCGAGUAACGGCUUCAUCGGCAAGCACUUCUUCGGCCUUAAGGCCUUCCCCAACCCCACGUAUGACUACAGCAACUUCCUCUACCAGUGGGCCUUCGCAAUCGCCGCCGCCGGCAUCACCAGCGGCUCCAUUGCCGAGCGCACUCAGUUCGUUGCAUACCUCAUCUACUCCGCCUUCCUGACGGGCUUCGUCUACCCCGUCGUCUCCCACUGGUUCUGGGCCAGCGACGGCUGGGCGAGCGCCUUCAACACCUCUAACCUCCUCUUCGGAACCGGUGUCAUCGACUUCGCUGGCUCAGGCGUCGUCCACCUCGUUGGAGGCGUCGCUGGCCUCUGGGGCGCACUCAUCGAGGGGCCCCGUAUCGGCCGCUUCGAUCACUCAGGCCGCUCUGUCGCCCUCCGCGGCCACAGCGCCUCCCUCGUCGUUCUCGGCACGUUCCUCCUCUGGUUCGGCUGGUACGGCUUCAACCCAGGCUCCUUCAACACCAUCCUCGUCUCCUACACCCCCGGCGGCUUCUACGGCCAGUGGAGUGGUGUUGGCCGCACCGCGCUCACGACAACCCUCGCCGGCUGCACUGCUGCCCUCACCACACUCUUCGGCAAGCGCCUCAUCUCCGGCCACUGGAACGUGAUGGAUGUCUGCAAUGGGCUCCUCGGUGGCUUCGCCGCCAUCACCGCCGGAUGCUCCGUCGUCGAACCAUGGGCGGCUAUCAUCUGCGGCUUCGUCGCCUCAUGGGUGCUCAUCGGCUGCAACAAGCUCGCGGCCAUCGUCAAGUAUGACGACCCAUUAGAGGCCGCGCAGCUUCACGGCGGCUGUGGCAUGUGGGGCCUCAUCUUCACCGGCCUCUUUGCCACCAAGAAUUAUGUCAAUGAGGUUUACUCCAACAAGGCCGACCGCCCGUACGGUCUCUUCAUGGGCGGCGGAGGAAAGCUGCUCGCGGCCAACCUCAUCCAGAUCCUGACGAUCAUCGGGUGGGUGAGCGUCACCAUGGGACCCCUCUUCUUCAUCUUGAACAAGCUCCGGCUGCUCAGGAUCUCGCCGGAGGACGAGCUCGAGGGAAUGGAUAAGACGAGGCACGGCGGCCUCGCCUACGCCUGGCACGACGACGGCGAAGGCGGCGACUCCAAGAAGGGCUUCAUGAUGACCCCGCCCUUCAAGGUUGGGGAUCGCCCGUCACCCACCAACAACGGCAAUCAAGUCUAAGCCAAUUAGAGCCCAGUUCUUCUGGCCCUCUGUGGUAGUUAGUGCCUUGUGAAUCAUUUCUUCUUUUCAUCUUCCGCUUUUUCUUGUGCUAUGUUAGGAGAUGGGUUAAUCUCGUCGGAGCUCUGUUCCCCCCUCUCUCUCUCUCCCUCUUUCGUGUGUUUGUGUUGGAGAAAAGGUGGGAGGGCUUUGGUUUGGUUAGUGGCCGCAGAUUUUUUAUGCUGUUUUGGAAGAAGUGAAGAAGGCUGUGGCACAUGGGAAGGGGAAGAGGUAAGGGUUCUUAAUCUCUCGAUUUGUUCCCUUACCAGAGGUGGUCGCUUUUCUUUCCUACCAGCUGGGAAAGGUACUUUUAAUAAAAAAGAAGAGCAUUUGCCUCGUUUCCUUUA